AUGCCGUUCUCACUCCCAGAUCUGUCGAAAGACAACAUCUCAAUGUACACUAUCCCAGUCAUCUGGCUCGGCUCCGUGCUCCCACGCUUCUGGGCAGGCUCCUACUACAGCAGCAAGACACAAGGCAAAGGCAUGAUGGACGUCCGAGCCCCUCGCACCUGGCAUGCCCAAAUCGAUGCCGACUCACGCCUCGAUGCCCGAACCAAAGGCCGCUUACAAAGAGCUGAAGCCGCUGUUGCGAACAACAUCGAGCAAGUUGGUCCGUAUGCUGCAGCGAUUGUAGCAGGGACUGUCGCUGGGCUGAGUCCGACAAUGCUGAAUGGGACUGCUUUUGGGUUCCUGGCGAUCAGGAUCGUGUAG